GCUUCAUUGUAUUCCAUUGUUCAUCUCAGUUCAUCUUAAUCACCAUCAAUUACCAUUAUACCAUUCGUCUCUUAAAUUUCAUAAUUGUUUAAAUAAUUAGUACUGACAACUGGUUAUUGUGUUUAAAAAUGAGUGGUAUUUUGAGACAUACAUUGCGUCUUGGUGGCACAGCAAAAUAUGCUCUAAAUAAUUCAACAAAAUAUCUACGAUCCAUGACACUCUCAACUAAUCGUUUAACUCAUUCAUCUCCAGUUAAUUAUUGGACAACCAUACAGACUGCUGGAAAAGAAAUAUUAUCGAUAUUUGGUGAUGAAGAAGUCAAAAUAUCAGAUAUUGGUUGUUUCAAGGUAUCACUUACUAGUGGUAAAGUAGGAUUGAUAACACCAAAAUUUUUCUUUGGAAAAAAAGAUUUAAUUUUGCCUGCUACAUUCAACACUGAGCUUAACGGAGAACCAAUUGAACCUGAAAGCAAUAAAAUUGCUGAUGAACAAGCACAGACAUCAUUUACACUAGAUAAAUGGGAUGUAUCACUUGAUGGUGGAAAACUAACUUUUAAAUUAAAAGAUAGUGAUGAAAUUUUUAUUUUGAAACACUCGAUGUACGCUAAAGCUCUUCAAAAACCACCAAAAGUUUCAGAGACUGGUGGCGUAAUACAAACUUUACCAACACUAAGUUCUGAUAUUACGAAUUAUCCUGCUAAAAUAAUAUCAAAAUCAGAACAGUUGGGCCUUUUAGAACGACCCUUUCCACCUGUAAAUAGUUAUAUGCCAGUAGAACGACUUGAACAUUUCGGAUCUGACGUAACAAAGUCACUAAUAAAAUGCAGUAAUGGUAAAAUAACUGAUGCUCCAGAUGAAUUUGGAAAAAUGAAACUAUUUUUUCCAAUGACUGUGUUACUUGAAGGAGGUCGACAAGAAAUAACAACAACAAAUUCUCUUAAUACUCUUACUGUUCAUCAUGAAGUUGAAAUUGAAACUAAAAAAGUUUUAUCUGAAAAUUUAAAAAAUGAAUUUGCAGUUAAAAAAGUAGAUGAAAGAUCGAACAUUGGUUUACUUGAAAUCCUUCUCGACAGUGGUGAUCUAAUAAUUGAACUAACACAUCCUAAUAAUCAAAGUAUUAUCAUGAGACAAGAAGUCGUAAUUGUGAUUGACUUGGAUGGUAAACACUCUAACCAGAAUUCUUCGCAAGAUACUUCCGAAAUGGUACAAAGUAUUAGUAUUGGUCCAGUUAUAAAGGUUUUAGAAAAUUAUUAAUCUAAAAUGAAUAAUUAUUUUUUUUUAUCUUCUCUUUUAAAACAUGACU